AUGGCGGCGUGCGUGCAGAAAGUAAUAGAAAACUGUAAGUCAAAGAAGUACCGAAUCCUUAAAACAGUGAGACUGCGCGUGCAUGCUAUCGAAAAACUGCUCACCGACGACCCCAGCCUUCGGAUUAUCCAUAUGAUUCGUGAUCCCAGAGGCAUUGCCGCCUCCCGAGUGCAAUGGGACGAGUUUUACCAAGCCAAGAUGACCUUCACCUUUGGCAGGGUGUGUGCGGAUAUGCUCCGCGACAUUGAAAGUGUAGAAAAACUGCCACCGGAAGUCGCUAAGCGAGUGCUUCCGGUUUUGUACGAAGAAGUGGUGGAAAAUCCAGAAAGUAUGAUUGAAUACCUGUACAAGUUUGUACAAAUGCCAUACACCGAUUAUAUUGGCAAGCACGUGAAAAACCUCACCCAUGCCGCCAAGGAUAAUACAGAAAGAUUCUCUACACAGAGGGCAAACCCUGCUAAGACUGCCUAUUCAUGGAGAUCAAAAAUCCGAUGGAUUUUAAGUACAGAAAUAGACGCCAUUUGUGAAAGGGUUUACAAAAAAGUCGGUUAUUUACGGGCAAAGUCGUUGAAAAUUCUGAGAGACUACAACAUAUCUUUAAGAGAUCGCAACAUGAAUGGGUCGUAUCUGGAAAAAUUUAGACAACUUCCAAUUCCAGGCUGA